UGAUGUGUAGUUCACGGAGUGACCAGCAGCAGGCAGCAGCACUCUGCAGAAGAAGAAGAAGAAGAAGAAGAAGAAACCCGGAAGUGUGUGAGCCGCUGACCCGCAGCAGCAGAUUAUCUUCGGACAUCAUCAGGAGCUGCUCCUCCAACAUGGCCGACAUCUGGCAGGACGCCAUGGACCACGCUGUCGCCACUGCACGCCGCGCCGGAGAGGUGGUGCGUGAGGCUCUGCAGGAUGACAGGAAGGUGAUGACCAAGAGUUCGUCGGUGGAUUUGGUGACACAGACCGACCAGAAGGUGGAGCAGCUCAUCAUCCAAUCAGUGAAGGAGAAAUUCCCCACACACAGCUUCAUAGGGGAGGAGUCUGUGGCUGCAGGUGAGGCUUCUGUCCUGACUGACCAUCCCACCUGGAUCAUCGACCCCAUCGACGGGACCACCAACUUUGUCCACACGUUUCCUUUUGUUGCUGUUUGCAUCGGAUUUUCUGUCAACAAACAGGUGGAGUUUGGGGUGGUCUACAGUUGUCUUGAAGAUAAGAUGUUCUCAGCGCGGAGGGGGAAGGGAGCGUUUUGUAACGGACAGCCACUGCAGGUUUCUGAGCAGAAAGACAUCAAACAGUCGAUUAUUGCCACAGAGUUUGGAUCCAGCAGAGACCCUGAAGCUGUCGACAAAAUCUUCUCCAGCCUGAGGAACAUCCUCUGCAUCCCUGUACACGGGGUGCGCGGUGCAGGAUCUGCAGCCAUCAACAUGUGUCUGGUGGCGUCUGGCUGUGUUGAGGCGUACUACGAGAUGGGGAUCCACAUCUGGGACGUCGCUGCCAGCUCGCUGAUAGUCUCUGAGGCCGGAGGGGUCCUGAUGGACGUGGAGGGUGGAGAGGUAGACCUGAUGUCCAGAAGAAUCAUAGCUGCCAACAGCAGAGCCAUCGCAGAGAGGCUCGUUAAAGAGAUCGACUCCUUCAGUCUGCCCAGAGACGACGCUCCGCCACCGCCGCUCAAACCGUGAAGACGGGCGGCAUGUUGAACAACUUUAUGUCCAGUCUGCUGCAGACGCACAGAGUACACCGGUGGUGGGUAGUCCACGUGACACAGGGUCACCUCCUGCUAAGAUGACCUGCUCGCAGCAGCGUUAAUCACCAUGACAGCAGACCUCGGGUAAAACCUGUACCCCUUUCAUAGAACGGGUUCAUCAGGAAGUUACACCAGACGUUGCCUGGAGAAGACUGGUACCUGCCUCGUAGACCGGGCCUCAGGUCUGGCCCGAGACACCAUGAGCAGCACUCAGAGAUCUUUCUCACGUUUCCAGGUGAACCCAUGACAUGAGCCCUCACACAGGACCAGGACUCUGAGACAGCAGGGUGUCAGAGCUGAAGCCCAGUCUACCACACUCCAUACGGAUUACUCAUAAAUAAAACCUCUCUGGACCAGCUCAGACCUGGACCCUUGUCUCAGCACUGCGGGUUAGGGUCGUUCUAACAGAGACGUCAGUGGUGAGCUCUGGUGAACCUCAGGAACACAGUUCUUCACUCUCAGUUACUCAUAAUCCACAGUGUACAUACCAACAUUGGGUCCAUGCUGGGCCCUAGUUUAGCCCUUAGCCCAGCCCUCUGUCAACAUACAAAUGUAUGCUGACGACACAGUUCUAUAUAUGCAUGCAAAAAACAAACAACAAGCUGCAAACAAACUAACAGCAGCGAACUGGCUAAAUAAUUCAUGUUUACACCUGAAUGUAAACAAAACUGUGUGCAUGUAUUUUUCACUGAGAGCUUCUGACUCCCCACAGCCCUAUGUUUUUGAAUCUGCAUCAGCAUUAAUAUUAAAGAUUAAAGAUCAAGAUUAAACAGUUUCUA